AUGGAAACCCAUCCUAGGGAUCCCAAAUCUUAUGCCCAGAGACUUGAGGCCCACCCGUACCACCAGGAGAAACAGCAGGUCCUGGACACCGGUGAACAGCUGAUGGUCCCGGUAGAAGUGUUGCGGGAGACCAACCAAGCAGCCUGGUGGAAGUUUCUGGUCUCAGGGGCUGUGGCUGGUGCUGUGUCACGUACUGGGACAGCCCCACUGGACAGGGCGAAAGUCUUCAUGCAGGUCUAUGCCUCCAAAACAAACAUCAUGAAUUUGCUGGGGGGGAUGCGGAGCAUGAUCCAAGAAGGAGGAAUCCGCUCCCUGUGGCGGGGAAAUGGCAUCAAUGUGCUCAAAAUUGCACCAGAGUACGCCAUCAAGUUCUCCGUCUUUGAGCAGUGUAAGACUUCUUUCUGCAACCAGAAUACCUCACAGCCCUUUCAUGAAAGAAUCCUGGCUAGCUCCCUGGCGGUGGCUAUCUCCCAGACUCUCAUCAAUCCCAUGGAGGUGCUGAAGACCCGGCUGAUGCUCCGGCGGACAGGCCAGUAUAAAGGGCUACUGGAUUGUGCCUUCCAGAUCCUAGAACGUGAGGGGACCCGAGCCUUCUACCGGGGCUACUUGCCCAACAUGAUGGGCAUUGUGCCUUAUGCCUGCACCGACUUGACGGUCUAUGAGUCGCUCAGGUGGGUCUGGCUCUACUUAGGGUUUGACGCAGAAAAUCCCAGCGGGAUGGUCAGCCUGUUGUCUGCCACACUGUCAAGCACCUGUGGCCAGGUGGCCAGCUACCCUCUGACACUGGUACGGACAAGGAUGCAGGCCCAAGACACUGUGGAGGGCUCCAAUCCUACCAUGCGAGGUGUCUUUGGAAAGAUCCUAGCCCAGCAGGGCAUGCCUGGCCUGUACCGGGGGGUGACACCCACUCUCCUCAAAGUGCUGCCAGCAGUGGGCAUCAGCUACGUGGUGUAUGAAGCCAUGAAGAGUGCCCUGGGAGUGGCUAAGUAG